AUGGAGACCCCUGAUCUGAACGGAUUAGGCUCUAUUGAGCAUCUGGAACGGACAGCUUUCGCCGCCGCGGCUGAGAACAUCACCAACUCGUCGACGAAGCAGCAUUGGCCAACAUACGACGGCCAUCCACAGCCAGUACUGCUGUUCUGCCUCUUUUCUGUCGUCCGGUAUGCCAUACGAUCUUACCAGAGACCUGCGCCCCAAGAGCAGGCCAGAUCGGCACAGCAUCUCUCGAAACGCAAAACAUAG